CUCCGAGGUCACGCGCGCCGCCAGCGAGCGCUCUCCAACGGCCUUCCCUAGAACGCCCUCCCCGUUGCCAGGCAACCAAGAUUGUUUGCCGUUGUCGCUCAGGCGCUGAAGGCCGCGUCGCCCGGUCUUCGAACUAACGGAGGAUUCCUUGGCCUCUUUCCUGGUGCAAGCAUCCCGAUAGCGAGCCGUGCCGGUAUGAGGAAUACAAAUAAAGAAUCCCGUGGACCCUCAAAUCGAUAUGCUCCAUGUGAUUGGUACUAUCAUGUACCUAUGAAACGAUCAGAGGAAAUUGUUAAUUCUGAAGUUCCGCAACAACCAACUUCCCAGAUCCCAGGUCUUGGUGAAUUUGGAGAUCCUCACAACGAGAAUACCUUUGUGGGGCGAAAGAAGUGGAUCAAAGACACCGACUCAGAAUAUGUGAAGCUGGCAAAACAAGGCGGCCGACCUGAUUUAUUGAGGCAUUUUACAUCUACUCCAAGAAAAAUGUCCUUGGGAUCUUACGGUGCACCUGAGUGGUACUCCCAUCAUGGCAAGACAACAGCACCUGAUGAGUCUAAGUCUCGAAUUUCAACCAUGCCAGACUACAUGAUUCAUGAAGAAUUUAAAGCUGAUCAGCCAGCCAGCUAUGAGCCUAAAAGGGGGCCUUUUGAUUUUGAUAUGAAGAGCGUUUGGCAAAGGGAUGCCGAAGACAAAGAAAACAAAGAGAAAAAAGAGGAAAAUGAAGUACAAAUGGAGAGCUCUCCAGGCAACACAAAGGAAGAGAUAAAGCUUCCUGCUAUAACACCAAAAUACCCAUACAGAACACCACAGCCAAUUGCAACUAAGGAAUUCCAUGGAGGAAACCGGCUUUAUUUCCCUCCAAUGCCUAUUCACAAAAAAAAUGAACCUGUUAACUUCAGCAAACUGAUAAGCAGCGGUUACCGGGAUGACUGGCUUCAGCAGCGUGAAGAAUGGGAAAAAAAGAAUUAUCAGCCUAAUGAUUCGCUUCUUCCUCCAAAUUCAGAGCCAUCCCAGCCAGAAUCGACACAAACAGACAAUGAGACUUCAUAGAAUUGCUACAUAUUCUAUUGCUAUUUCAAAAUAGCACAGCAUGCAACACAUCUUAAGAAGCAAGCUUCAAUAGUUCAAUUUUGAUAUGUUAUAUUAUGCAAUUCCUUACAUGAUAUUUAAAGAAUAGGGCACAGUCACCCCUGUUUGUUCAGUAAGUUUGCAACUGGCAUGAAUUUGGCCCAGUAAUUGGUUCCAGCAAGCCUUUGAUGUCUAGAUGCUUGUAUCUGUUGUCAUAGUCUUUUGCUGGUAUUUUACAAUUCUCACUCUUCUAAUGCCGUUUAUCACCAACUCCUGGCUAGAUUUCAUAACAGCCUAGUGUUUUAAAGCAAUUUCAGAUGGGUUAGACUUGUAAUAUCCCUGAAGCCAGAGGGCCCAGCUAAUACAGGGAAUUUCAAUGCUAACCCUUAUUUUUGUAUUUCCAAGUCUUGAAUGGGUAAGUAAAAGCAUUCUAGUAAUGUUAUAUUGAAUUUCAAAUAUAUCUUGCAGAAUGUUGGAUUGUAUUGAUAAUUUUCAACAUUCUUAUUUUCUUCUAUUUAUAACUCACACCAUAUAAGCUUACUUUCUACUUGAAUAAACAUGAUUAGAAAAGAGGAAA